UUAGAAUGCUUCGUGAAGCUCUGGAAUGAAGCUAUUCAAGGAACACUGCUCGGAUCUAAACCUUUCAGCUUAAAGAUCUCCGCUGUUUGGGCAUCAUGAAGUUGGAUCUGUUCCUUCUCCUUUGUCUCAGUGGUGUUGUGCCAAUCACCUUCUCUGUUCUGCAAACUAAACCUGGCCAGUAUCUCAUCACUCAUUCAUUGUCAUGGCCUAAUGCUCAGAAGUACUGCAGGACAAAGUACACUGACCUGACUAAGGUAAAGGACUCUAGUGUUCUCUUAGAGCUAAUUAAAAUGGCAGUAAGUAAUGGUUUAAAAUCAUGGCGUAUUUGGAUUGGACUGUACAACGACUUUGACAGUUGGCACUGGUCUUUUAAUGACCUCUCACUGUCGAGUACAAACCAAACAAAUUGGUACUCUGGACAACCUGAUAAUUACAUGGGGCAUGAAGCAUGUGGAGGAAUCUAUGGUGCUGGGUACUGGGAAGACUCGGACUGUGCACUGCAGAAACCCUUUAUAUGCUACGAUGCUGGUAACAGGGGCGCUAACAGGUUCAUUGGAGUCACGAAUCCUCAGCUGAACUGGUCUGAAGCUCAGACUUACUGCCGAACAAAUUACACUGAUUUGGCCAGCGCACUCACCCAGGCAGACAAUGACCUGUUAACACAGACAGUGUCUGUCCAGGGCUAUUCCUGGUUCGGUCUGUAUCAGGACACAUGGAAGUGGUUGAAUGGAACAGUGGCAUCAAACCUCCAGUGGAAAUCUGGACAGCCUGAUAACGCUAAUCCUCAGGAGAACUGUGGGGUUUUGCAAGACAAAAUGAUGGGUGACCAAAACUGCAACAGCUUAAACCACUUUUUUUGUGAAUUCAUCCCACCAGUAAGGCAGCAGAUCAUAAAAAUAAAGGUGUCUGAUGUCAAGUCUGAUGGGAGUGUGUUUGAUGCUGCUUUUCAGCUGUCCAUUUUGGAGAUCGUGAAGAAGAAACUGUUGCAACAUAACAUGUUGGAGAACUCAACCGUGACCUGGAGGCUGCAGCCAGAUGGAAAAAUGUUUUCCAAAAAAAAAAAAAUAAUUAGAAUGGACAAAACAUUGAUUGUAGUAAUUGUUAUUUAUUACUAUUGUAGCAAAUGUAGGGUUUUAGUCCUGUACAUUGUGCAUCAUACCAUUUAUUUAUUAUAUUCACAAAUUACACCACAUGCUUGUUUUGCAGCAUUAUUAUCAGGCUGUUCAAAGUUCAAGUACUGAAAAAUGAGAUUAUUUAGUGGGAGGUCAUUUAAAGAAUAGCGUCAGCUGUUGAUAUUAUUGUACAAUCCGACCCAGGCAGAUGUUCCUAGAACUUUGCUUGCUGUUAAUUUCUUCACUCAUAACCAAUCAGCAUCACAUUUCCUGCCAGGUCAGUGUACAUCACCCUGUAGUGAUUCUGUGCAACAGGCCAUGACACUACUUGUCAGUAUCAAUGUCAUAAUUCCAAGGAAGGAUACAGUGAUUAGAAGAAGUCACAUUUUAAAAGCAUUUGAUUUCAUAAAACACAAAGAUACAUUAUUAAACUGUUCAGCAGUCAGCAAAGAUUAGGCAGCAAAGCAAGAGUUGGCACAAAGAAUCCUUAAUUGGUGCAUAGUUUAUAGUCAACAAACAUAUAGUCUCAGACUAACAUACAGAAUAAUUAACAAAAACGUUGUAUUUUAUCAGAAAAAGACAAGUUGCAACAAAGAACUCAUCUAUUUGUGUUGAUCUACCUAUAAGAUGUUGAAUAGUUAAACAUUGUAAACUUACACUGUUUAUUCUUAAAUUAAAUAUAUUCUUUAA